UCAAUACACCUAAAUACAAAAGUCCAAAUAUUUGAUAAGUGCUUACUUACUUUCAUUUUGACUGAAUACUGGUUGGGUUAAAGGGUUCAUUCCCUGCUGGACAGUUAUUUCUGGGAAACCAUGUGCUCCACCUCCUCUGGUUUGAUUGGCUGUGCUGCAGCCAGUGGAGAUGAGAUUCACUGUUUAAGUAGAGGAAGAGUCUGAUAAUCACCAUCACUUCUAGAAGAGCAACAGAAAAACAACAUGGGGUCGAUGUUUUCAUGGCCUUCUGAUACAGACUAUCCACAUGGAGACAUUCGUAAGGUUAACACAACUGGUGCAUCAGACGAGACAGCACGGGCUGAUGGAAAAAGCUCCAGAGGAGUGCGCGCAUCCCAUGAGAUGGCUGCAGAUGAUCUUCCUUACAUAAAGAAGUACAAAGACAAGAUUAUCAGGGCUGCUAAAAAAAAUGACGUGCAGCCUUCUGUCGUGGCUGGCAUCAUCUCCAGAGAGACCCGCGGAGGCAGAGGGGCAGGUUUGGAUGAUGGCUGGGGGAACAACGGGAACGCCUUCGGACUAAUGCAGAUUGACAAGGACUGGCACACGCCUAGGGGUGAGUGGGACAGCCAGGAACAUAUCAAUCAAGGCACUAAGAUUCUAGUGGGCUUAUACUCAAAUGACAUUGAGAAAAAAUUUCCUCGUUGGGACAAGAACCAGAAGCUGAAAGGAGCUCUGGCUGCCUACAACAUGGGAACAGAAAAAAUGGCCUCCUCCUACAGCAAAGUGGACGAUCACACUACCGGAGGGGACUAUUCCAAUGAUGUCACUGCCAGGGCCCAGUACUAUGAGAAGAAUGGGUUUUAACUCAGAGAGCUCCCCCAUUUCUGAGUUAAAGUUAACUUUGAACAGCAAAUACCAUCAACAUGAAGCAGAAUUAGACAACACUUACUUUUCAUUUUUUUAAAGGAGUUGGUGUGCUCAUCAGUGAAAUCUCACUAAUCAAAUGAAGGUCUCAGCAUGACUGAUUGAUAUCUGUGUCAUUCUAUAACCUUUAUAAUUUUAUAAAUGCAAUUAUCUUAAAGUGGACAAAUACAUUUCUGCAGCAGAGUAACUACAAUGUUUGAUGUCAUUUGCAGCGUGUAUCAGUGGAUCAAUAAAGCUAUCAGUCCAGUAUAUAUAAUCCUGAGUCAUGUCUUUUCACUAAAUGACAAGUGGAUACAUUUACAGACAUGUACACACACAACAUCCUCCAGCAUCACUGUGAGCAGGUGUAAGAGUUCCUGCAUGCUGCUCUUGUUAUGUCUGUGCCACAGUUGAGCUGUAA